AGAGAAGGCUUAACUGGAUCAGGUUUCUCAAAAGUGUUAAGAUACAGGUGGAGGUUUUAGUCAAAAGCGAUGUGAGCACUUACGUCACUAAUUAAUAAUCGUGGUUUUUUGCGCCAACGCAGACAACCUCAUAUGGCCCAUGAUGCCAUGUGCAUAGCCACUGGCCACAGACCAGUUCCGCGGAUUGAAGAAUCUGAAACAUUUUGUUCAUCAAACUUGAAGCUCUAAUUUCUCUGAACCAGAUCUUCAACUCCCAUGGCCAUGGCUUCCAGCAUACACUUCAUUCUGAUUCCUCUAAUGGCCCAAGGCCACAUGAUCCCCAUGAUCGACAUAGUUAGAUUGUUAGCCCAGCAAGGCGUCACCACCACCAUCGUCACUACCCCAGUCAACGCCUUCCGAUUCAAGCCGAUCAUUGAUCGUGCCAUAGAAUCCGGCCUUCGAAUCCGACUUCUCCAACUUCGUUUCCCCUCUACAGAAUUCGGGCUACCUGAAGGGUGUGAAAACAUCGACCAUGUCCCCUCACGAGAUCUAAUCUUAAAUUUCCUGAACGCUGCGAGCAUGCUCCAACCAGCCUUAGAACAAUCUCUUCAAGAAAUGGAGCCACCUCCAAGCUGCAUAAUCUCCGAUAUUUGUCUCUCAUGGACAUCCCAUACGGCUCUUAAGUUUGGGAUUCCAAGGUUUUUCUUCAAUGGGAUGCUUCAUCGAAUCAAGUUAACAAAGGCUCAGUUAGCGGGUAGUGUUCGUGAUGAUGAUCCUUCCUUUCAUGAAAUCAGAAUGCAAGUCAGAGAGGCUGAACGAACAUCGGAUGGUGUGGUGAUCAAUAGUUUCUAUGAAUUAGAAUCUAGUUAUGUAGAUGAGUACCAGAAGCUUACAGGGAAGAAAGCUUGGUGUGUUGGCCCUGUUUCACUUUACAACAGAGAGGCCUCAGAUAAGGCUGAAAGAGGUAAUAAAGCAGCCAUUGAUGAAGACAAAUGCUUGGAGUGGUUGGAUUCAAGAGAGGCAGCUUCUGUCGUUUAUGUAUGUUUUGGGAGUCUAUGUCCCUUGGCUUCUUCACAAUUGAUAGAAAUUGGGUUAGCUUUGGAGAGAUCGAAUCGCCCAUUUAUAUGGGUAAUCAGACAAGGUAACAAAAAUAAACCAUCACAAGAAUUGGAGAGAUGGUUAUUGGAAGAAGGGUUUAAAGAGAGGACGAAAGGAAGAGGUUUAUUGAUUCAGGGCUGGGCGCCACAAGUGUUGAUCUUGUCACAUAGGGCGGUGGGAGGGUUUGUAACGCAUUGUGGGUGGAAUUCGACCCUGGAAGGGGUGAGCGCAGGUGUGCCUAUGAUAACUUGGCCCAUGUUUGCGGAUCAAUUCUAUAACGAGAAGCUGAUUGUGCAGAUUUUGGGGAUUGGAGUAAGGGUUGGUGUGGACGAUGCUUGUCAAUUGGGGCAAGGUGAAAAGCUUGGGGUGUAUGUGAAGGGAGAAGAGAUUGAGAAGGCGAUUGGGUUGUUAAUGGAUGGUGGAGAAGAAGGAGAAAUGGCAAGGAGGAAAGCGAGAGAGAUGGGGGAAAUAGCAAAAAGAGCAGUUGAAGAAGGGGGAUCUUCUCAACUCAACAUCUCACUCUUUAUUCAAGAUGUCAUGCUUCAGGUUGCAGAGAAACAUUCAGAAACAAUCAAGGAGAGGAGUUGAUUUUGAAGCGAAAUUGAAGAAUUUAGUUUUAUGUAAGGAUAAAUCAAGCCCUUCAUGAACAGUAGUUGUUUUCAGAUA